AUGAUCGAGUCAAUGCUAGAGUAUCAUUUUUCAAUGAACAAUCUGGUUCAAUACAGCGUCGAUGAAAUAUUGAACUACGGAUGCUGGUGUCAGCUGGAGAACCCGGAUCUGUAUCAAUAUCACAAGGGGCCACCGGUGGAUAACAUUGAUAGAAAAUGCCAGAAUAGGAAGAGGUGCCAUAAAUGCAUCACAAUGGACACGGAGGGGACAUGUGACCCGUCUUCCCAAGUCUACCAAGCGCACUAUGACAUUACUGGCAAGAAAUUUGUUUGUCAAUCAACUGGCAACGAGUGCGUUGAUAACACAUGUCAAUGUGAUGUCGAUUUCGUUAACUCACUCAUUUUCUCGCUCCAUGAAAUGAACAACUAUUAUGUGAACUCGUAUGGUUGGAACCCCGCCGAGCAGUGUCACGCGAAUCCUUUUGCCAGAGGUGCUGCCGAUAAUUGCUGCGGAACUUAUCCGAAGCGAUACCCUUACUUCUCCGAUUCCGGCGCAAGAUCCUGUUGUAAUGGAAAGGUUUUUUCAACAUCGACAAAUGAGUGCUGCGGGGAAACCUUAGUUGGCCUUGGCGGCUGCGCUCCUACAGUUCCCCCGACUGAGCCUCCAUGCCCAUGUGAAAAUGGCGGGACAUGCGUGACGACAGAGACGGGUACGGUCUGUGACUGUCUCGCAGGAUACAGUGGCUCGCUGUGUGAAUGGUCAUCUUGCCAACCAGAUCCUUGCGGUGAUCAUGGAUCAUGUCUAGACACAUCUUCAACUGGUUUGCUAACUCUCAUCAGCUGGCUUUAA